AUGCAAGCUAACAGCUCAGUUGAUAGAUCUCUCACCCAGAUCAAUACUCUUCUCUCAGGAGGUAACUUUGAGGCCAAGGAUAUUGAUGUCCAAGACUUCUCCAGAAUCAUUUCCAAAAUGCCCGCAAGACACGUUAAGGAUAAUAUCAAUGCCGUCGUCGCCAAGUUGUUUGAGGUAGCUGCAUCAAAGAUGAAGGAUGAUGCUGAUAAGGCUGUCCUUUAGGGUCUCAAGAAGUAUGUUAACCUCGUUCAAGACGAUCUCCUUCAACCCAAGCCAAGAUACCUUGACGCUUUCUUCUUCCCAAAUGAAGCAAACAUUACCAAAUUGAUUAACUAUCUUGGCAAAGCUCAAAAGUCAAUGAGUAUCUGCAUUUUCAGUUUGACAAAUGACAAACUAGCGAACGCAGUUUACGACGCUCAUGCAAGAGGUGUGAAAGUUAGAGUAAUUUCAGAUGACGAGUGUAUGAACCAAAUUGGAAGUGAUGUUAAGUGGCUAGCAGGACAAGGAGUCCCUUGCAGAGUCGACAGCAACUCCCAAUUCCACAUGCAUAAUAAAUUCGUCAUUAUUGAUGAUACAUUCCUUAUAACUGGUUCAUUCAACUGGACAGUUCAAGCUGGAAAGAGCAACCAAGAGAAUCUACUAGUUGUUGAUAACCCAUACUAUAUUGAAAAGUACAGUACUGAGUUCGAGAACCUUUGGAAGCAAUUUGCUAGCAAUCAAGUUGAAGGAGAAGCCGAAGAAGAAGCUGCCACCAAAAUUCAGUAAGCCUACAGAAACAAGAAGGGCUACCAGGGCGGAAACCAAGGAGGUAGAAAAUACAACUGA